AUGCUGGCUGGCCACCACGGAGCAGGGAGAGUUCUCCAGGGCCGCGUGAUUCCGGGGGUGGGGCCGGUUUCUGGUCCAGUGCCAGCUGCCCACCCCCAGGAGGCCCCACAGCCCCGCCGGCCUCCGAGAAAGCCCCUCCCCGAGGGCGGGGACAACGCCAAGAAAUCCCGGCCCGGGGCCUGCGGUGGAGCUAGUGCCCAGAGGCUGCCCGGCGCGGACGGGGAAGUCCUGGUAGCCAUGGAGAGCUACAGGGGCUUCCUGGCGCUGUUGGUGUCGGCGCUACCGGUCGGCUUCCUGGCGGUGCUUUUCACCCUUAUCUGGGUCCUCCACUACCGGGAGGGGCUCGGCUGGGACGGGACCGCGCUCGAGUUCAACUGGCACCCGGUGCUCGCGGUGACUGGCUUGAUCUUCAUCCAGGGCAUCGCCAUCAUCGUGUACAGACUGCCAUGGACCUGGAAAUGCAGCAAGUUCCUGAUGAAAUCCAUCCAUGCAGGGUUAAGUGCUGUUGCUACCCUUCUUGCGGUUAUCUCUCUGGUGGCCGUUUUUGAUUUCCACAAUGCUGGAAGUAUCCCCAAUAUGUACAGUCUUCACAGCUGGGUUGGACUGAUAGCUGUCAUACUCUAUGUCUUACAGUUUCUCAUAGGUUUUUUCAUCUUUCUGCUUCCUUGGGCUCCACUUUCUCUCCGAGAAGUUAUCAUGCCCAUACAUGUUUAUUCUGGACUUUUCCUCUUUGGAACAGCAAUUGCAACAGCCCUUAUGGGACUGACAGAGAAACUAAUUUUUGCCCUGAAAGAUCCUGCAUACCAUUCAUUCCCACCAGAAGGUGUUUUCGCAAAUACUCUUGGCCUUCUGAUUCUGUUGUUUGGUGCCCUCAUUUUUUGGAUCGUCUCAAGACCCCAGUGGAAACGUCCUAAAGAAUCGGAUUCUACCCUUCCUAAGUCAAAUUGUGGCAAUACAGAGAGAAUGGAAGGUGCUGUAGCAAUAAGCUCCGGCAGUAACACAGACAGAUCAGAUUCAGAGUUAAACAAUGAAGGAGCAACCAGGAAAAGAAACUUGGGCCUUGAUGAUGCUGGCCAGAGGUCCACCAUGUAAAAUGUUAUAGAGGUGCAGACAUAUAACUUCCAUUUUAAAAACCAGCUCUACAGUUUAGCUUCUCCUACUUAGCCAUAAGAUAAUUGAGCUGCAUAGUGUCAAUAUUUGUUGUAACCAUUGAGGAGGACUUCUUGAAAGUUCGUAUUGAUUGAGGCCUAUGAACGACCCUGAAUUAGAAAGGACUUGAUCAGUAUAAAUAAUAGCUGAUAAAAUUUGUAUUUGUUGUACCUUUUUCUUGUUGAGGACCACAGUAUUGGCACAGCAUCCAGGGUUUAGACCAUUAUGCUGCACAGACAUCAUGACGAGUACAAGAAAAAACUAGGAAAAUAAUUAGUUCCCUUCUCCCCAUGGCAGCCUUCUGCUCCCUCUCCAGUUAGUUUGGGCUUAGAUUGGCCCUGGAUACAGGUGUUUUUUUAGGGCAUUUUGGAGCAGGCAAUGGACCAUAGAUAGUUGAAGAGAUUUGCAAGAUUUUCCACAACUCAGCUCCAGCCCUAGACUUCCCUGGGUUGAUGUACUUUACAGUCCAGAUUCUAGACCUCUUAGAAUAAAAAUAUGCCUGAAUGCUUAAGUAGCAUAAACUGCUCUACAAAUCUCAAAGAGCAUUUUUUCCUAAGUUUGUUUUUUUAUUGGUAAAAUACUUACCUGGCACUUACUAUGCAUUAGAUGCUCUUCUAAAUACUUGACAAAUAGUGCCUCGGCUGCCAGACAGACCUUAUGAGAUGGUUAUUAUCAUCCCCAUUUUACAGGAAAGACAUCUGAAGCUUGGAGAUGUUAAUAACAUGCCUCAACAUCAUACGGCUCAUAAGUAAUGGAACUGCCAUUCAAACCCUGGCAGACCAGUUCCUUGGUCUGUGAACCCAGUCACUGUGCUGCUUUUCUGUUUCAUACUAAUUUGUACCACUUUGAUCCACCCCUGAAUAAACCUCAGUUGCUGGAGUGGAGUGGAGUGAGGCUGAAGAGGUGUUUCUUUACAUUUUUCUCCCAAAGAUCCUUCAGAUAGCCAAAGAAUAGGGGCCAUCCAUUCCUGGACAUAGAUCAUGGGGCCUCUGCUGCUGCCAACAAGCCUUAACCCUCCUUGAUGCCCUUUUAAUCUUAAAAUUGUUUCUUGGCAACAGAAAGAAUUGAGCAAAAACAUAUGUAGCUUGCAAAAUGGAUUAAUUAAUUGCAAUGUGUGUUCUUCAGGAUCCUAGCUGCUGAACAACUUUGUGUUUGAGAGACCUCCCUCAUGGACUGCCCUUUGCUGGGGCAAAAGCCAAGAUUCUUCCUGAUUUUCCUGGAGUUUUAGGGGCUAUUUUGAGCUUUGGGUUCUUAGUAAUAAAUUGAGACUUAGAGGUUAUAACUUUUUAUACAUGGAGGCCUCUGUCUAGGCUCUAGACUGACUUAAAACCUAGAGUAGUACCUAUGCUUAAAUGAUGUUUUUUGGGUUUUGGUUGACUUGGUUGAAGCAUUUUAGAAUACAGCAUGGUGGCAUACACCUCUAGUCCCAGCUAUUUGGGAGACUGAGGCAGGAGAAUCCUUUGAGCUCAGGUGUUUGGGGCCAGCCAGGUCAAGAGAAUGAGACCCUGUCUCUGAAAAAAAAUUGUUUUAAAUAUAUAUGUGUAUAUAUACAUAUAUAUAUACAUAUAUGCACACACACACACAUAUAUAUGUACAUAUAUAUGUGUAUGUUUUUUAAUGUGGAUUAAAACCUUGUAGUUUAUACCGAAUACAUUUAACAUUUUUGGUGCUCGAUGCACUUCCUUUUAGGUAAUUGGUAAUUAGUUUCAAAGACUGAAUAUGAGUUCUACUCUUAUCAUGUCCUUUAAAUUUCAUGGAUAACCAUUCAAGAUUCCCUUGCUGAAACACUGUUUUCUUAUUAUUCAGUUAAUUCUAGUUCGCAAAUUAUUAAUGGUGUCAGAAGGAUCCCCAGUGCUCAGCCCAAAGCCUGGAACAUGGUAGCACAAUUAAAUUCAGUAUGGGUGCUAAGUGGAAGGAGUAAUUGCAUGUCACACACUCGGUUCGAUAAAUAGAUGUUUUAUUACAUGGAGGCACCCAAAAUUCCAGGAUUAUUUGGGGGGGGCGGUGACUGUGUCCCGAGAAAUGAGGCUACCAUUUCUUUUUAUAUAGGCCAAGAAAGAGGUGAUCGGUGCACAGCUAAUUAUUUAGCACUAGAAUAGCUCCAUUGCAAAGUAUUUGAGCAUCCUUCAUCUCAACCUUUUAUGUUCUUUCAAUUGGGCUAAUGUGAGGCUAAUCUUAGAUAUUAUAAGGACUUCUUUUCUUUUUCAGCCUUUAUGAAAAGGAUAUGUAGUAAAAUAUAUCUAGAAAACUUU